ACGUCAUCUUGUUAGGAGAAUUGAGUUUUGGUCAGGAGUAUUGUUCAUGACACGGAACUAGCGCGUUUAACGAAAGCAUUUUUGCUCCUUUAAUAUUUCUUCCCUCAUCAAAAGGAGUUACUCUCCUACUUUCAGGAGUAUUUUUUAAAGAACACGUAUACUUUAUUCUUGGAUUCAACGCGUAAACGGAAGAAGGAAGACAAUCGCACGUCGACGUUCUCUGGACAAACAUGGAUCUUCGCUUCAAACUUUGCGUAUUGCUGCUUUUUAUUAUUGUCAAUUUAAGAAUUUCCGAAGGAAUAUCUGCGAGUGAGAAUGGUACGAUAACAUGGGAUCCAAAAAGUACGAAUAACAAUGGAGAUUCAAAAAACUUGAAGACGAAAUUUGACGCUGAAGGUUUGGGACCGUGGUAUGACUUGGGUAACUCCUUCAUUAGCACAGUCCUUAGCAAAGAACCUUAUGAACUUGUUACGAAGUUCAAAAAAGGACAAAUAGAGAAACCAAAUGAUGAUGUUAUUGUGGAUUUUGCCAUGGGCAUGGCCAUAACUGUUUGCAUUGGAAUAUUGUUUUGCAUCUUCAUGCCAAUUGUUGGAUGUUGCUUUUGUUGUUGUCGCUGCUGUGGCAACUGUGGCGGUGAGAUGACUCAGAAAGAUGACCCAAGAAGUGGUUGUAAGAGAGCCGUUUUUGGAGUUAUUCUGUGCAUUAUUACUCUUCUAAUGUUUGCUGGUGUUCUACUGACAUUUGUGUGCAAUGAUAACAUGAGUAAAACCCUGGACAAAACUAAAAGUACAUCAGAUGGGAUUGUAGACGAGACCGCCCAGUUCAUUAACACUACUAUCUCUGAAUUUGACAAAAUCAUUGAUGAAGACUUCAAGUUUGUUUCUAAGAAGCUGAUUGAUGAUACCUCAGACCAAGGCAUAAAAGAACUUUUAGGUGACAAGUUCCUGGCUUUGAUAGAUGACACUGUAGCAAAGCCUAUCAAAGCUGUGAAAGAUCUAUCAGAGAAUUCCAAUAAAAUGAAGACACAGCUUGAAAUUAUUGUAAACAACACAAAAGAUCUUAAAGAGCAGGGACAGAAGCUAGCUACAGGCUUGGAAAACGCAAGGAACAAUAUUACACAAAUGAUUAAAGAGUGUAGAAAUGUAUCAUCAUCAUCACAAUCAUCUUGUGGUAACAUUGAUCAAAAUCAACUCAAGCAGGGUGCUAAUUUCAGCAAAGUCCCAGAUGUUGAAAGUCAGCUUCAAAGUAUCAAGGACGUUACUGAUCUGGAUUUUGUUGCUGCUGCAGAAGAGGGCCUGAAGGUAAUAAAUGAUAUACCGGACACUCUAAUCAAUGAGACAUCUGGUGCAAGAUCAGAAAUCAAAAACAUGAUUAAUAAUGCUACAGAUAUGGUCAAAGAGUUACUGGACAAGCUGAACGAUCAGUCAGAGAAGACGAUCAUGGAGCCUCUAAGAAAAAUGAAAAACACUAUCAAUGAUGGUGUUGAUUAUGGAAAAAAAUAUGACCAGUAUAGGUGGUAUGCUGGCGUCGGUCUCACUUGUCUUCUGUUGCUAAUUGUGGUAUUAAUGGCCCUUGGAUUGAUGUGUGGUAUUUGUGGUUUUGAUAAGGAAGCCACACCCACCAACAGAGGCACAGUAUCUAAUAUGGGAGGCAACUGCCUUAUGGCGGCAACUGGUUUCUGUUUUAUUUUUGCAUCAUUUUUGAUGUUAUUGACAACCUUGUGUUUCAUCAUUGGAGCACCCAUGCAAGGAGCAGUUUGUGAGCCCAUACAAACUGGUAAAAUCUUUGCUAACAUCAUUGAUAAUAAAAACUUUUGGGAUGGAAAGUCACCAUUUGACGAUAUCUUUGGAAAGAACAGUACUUUCAAGUUGGGAGAAGCCCUUAAAAACUGCCGUGAAAACAAACCAGCUUAUGAAGCACUCAAAAUAGAACAAUUUUACAACAUCUCAAGCCAAUUGAACAUUAGAAAACUUCUGGGUGAUAAAGUCGAUGAAAAGUUUAAUGACCUGAAAGUCAACUUUUCUGAUAAAACCAUAUUGACCAACAAUUCUAAGCAGAGUCUUAAGAAACUCAAUGAAUCAGGAGUUGAUAAAAUUGACUUUGAUUCAUUCUUUAAUGAGACAAGGCAAGGUAUUACUCAAGUAAACUUGACAGAAUUUGCAAAGGACCUUGAUGCAUUUGCUGAAAAUAUGACCAAACUUGCAAAGAAUCCAUCUAACCCAAACAAACAAAAGGCUCAAGACUUGGCUUAUCGAGCAAGGAAUGUUUCUAAUGACCUGAAAAAUCUUGAUAGUAAUGUUGUGCAAGCGAUGGAAGCAAAGUCUAAAGAAAUGGAAGUUAAUGUUGUGGAACUCAAGAAAAUUGGUGGAAAUCUUGCGACUGAGGCAGAUGAUGCCUUGAAAACAGCAGAAAAUGCUCAAUCUAAACUCCAAGACUCUUCAAAUGAGAUUGUUGAUCUCGUAAAAAAAUAUACAGAUCGUGUACUUGGCUAUGGAUACCAAUUUACUGAUCACAUUAUGGACUUGCUACAAAACGAUUUAGGCAGAUGUAAACCUUUGAYGAACAUCUUUGAUGCAAUUGUUGUGUUAUUUUGUAACGAAAUGCUUUACCCAUUCAAUGGAUUUUGGCUGGGUAUUGGAUUCUGCCUGUUUUUCUUUAUACCUUCCAUCAUCUUCAGUGUAAAGCUUGCUAAGCACUACAGGAGAAUGAAAUAUGAGAGCGAGUUUGAUGAAUAUGCAAAUGGCCCAGAGAUGAUGGAGAUGGGCCAGCCUCCAUCAUACCAGAAUGUUGGAAAUGAAAAGAAGUUGUGGGCCAAUCCAAAAAAUGCUGUGUACCCCAAGACACCCAGUGCACCUGUACUGUCCUAAACGAGCGAAUGGAAAAUAGACACUAUAUAACAAACAAGCAUCAAGACCCAUGGAUUUAGAAGGGUUCAUCAUAUGAUACAAAGUACAGGACCUGGUUGUUAGAAGGAUGAAUAUUGCUAUUCGACAUGAUAAAUCUUAUCCAGUGGAUAAAUUUAUUGGAUAACAGCAUCUUAUCCACUGGAUAAGGAUUUAUCCAUCGCAUAGUGCUAUCCACCCUUCGUACAACUGGGCCAAAAUGGAUUCUGGGUGUUUUUAUUCAAGGUUUCAUCUAUAUAUUCAGCUACCAGCAGUUCUAGUAUCCCAGCCUCUAUGUAGGUGAUUUCUAGUUGAAUUCCAAGAACCAAAGUCCAUUGGACUCACGCUUCUAAAUUUUUACCUAUUCAUAAACCACAGGCAUCCCAAUCUUGGGAAAUGGCAUACAGUUAAAGCUAUUAGAGCCAUUAAUAUUGGAUUUUGUUGUUUUAAUCUCAUUUUGAAUAAGUUUUGUAUCAAAUCGAUGUUUAAGCACCAUGAUUGCAUUAAUACAUAUUUUUAUAUUCAUUGUUUAUCAGGUGAGGUUGGGGGGAUAGGGUGAGGGUGGGGAUUGGGGCUCAGUGGGUGAAAAAUGUGUGCGACCGAAGACUUCCUGAAUAUCCCCUUACAGAUUAUCGAGAGGRUAGUGCUCAGUAUUUUGCAACAAAAUGAGAAGAAGUGCUAAAAUAUUUAACUCUCAAAAAGGGAAGGAAGGAACUUGGAAAAUUUCGCUGAUUUCUCACCUACAGACUCUUUCCGAGAUAGCGAACAUGGUGCAUUGUGGUCUAUCUUGGGUACGAAGACUAUUUGUCAAUCAUGUCCUUUGGAGUUCUUUGAAUCCAAGCUAGACCACAAUGGCCAACAAUCAUUUUUAUUAGAAAAGAUGUCUCCUACAUAAUAUAAAUUGGUUCCUAAUACUUUAGCAGAAUCAUAUAACGAUAAAUAGGAUGGAGGUCGCGAUCUCCUAGCAAUAUAACUAAUAGUAACAUUUUAAAUUUCGUAUGACUGGAAAAAAAAGUAACGCUACGAUCCAUGACCAUGACGAUGCCCCAAGGGGAGGGGGGAUUUCGGGAUAAAAGUAUCAAGUAUGCUACUUGUGGGAAAUUUUCAAAAACACCCCUUUUAAAUCACACCAUAAGUCUUACCAAAAAGGUGCGUGACUGGACGAUUUUUGUUUGCUAAGAGAUACCCUAAAAGAUACCAAGAAAUGCCGAAUUUUAACAUUCUAAAAGAUACCAAAUCGCGACGAGCAUACCCAAUAUACGACGAGCAUACCCUUUUACUUUUACCCCAGAGACCCCCCAAUUGACGAUGCCGUAUGAUUCGCGCCCUAAACAAGAUCAGCCUAGAGUUUGUUCUAGGACUCACUAUGAAUAAACGGUGAUUUCGGUGGCUGGGAUUUUUUUAACAAAUCACGUCAGUUCCGUAACCUUACCGUCAAUCAUGGCUUUCACAGUCGUACGGAAUCUACCCUGCAGUCUCCACUGCACUUUAUUAAUAUAUUAAUCACCAAUUAAGAAAAAAAUACGUGGCCGCCAUAUUGGUUGGCAUCGCAAAAGAAAUCACUGAUAUUCAACCAACAUGGCGUCCAUGGGUUAAAUAGGUUUGCAAAGUUAAGCUAUUUUCUAGUAUGCGCAAGGAUUUUUUUAGUUUCAAAUAACUUAACGAGUAACUGUAAGUAGAUUGUAAAAUUGAUUGAAGGAAGUAGGGAGUUCCGUGCAUUUUGAUUGGAAAAUGUUUAUGAUAAUCACUAAGAAACAACGACAAGAUAGSAGUGAGAGGUGGACGCGUGCACAACAUGUUCUCUCUUUACUAAACAGUCAUUAGAUAUA